CUCCCGGCAAGCACGGCGGUGCUCGUCGGGCAAGCUUCGCUACGCUGCCAGGCUUUGCUGUCCUGGGCGUUUUGCACAUAGGAUGGCCUCAGCUGCAAGCAGCAGCAGCGGUCUCACAAGCAGAGGGUUUGCUGGUUACCGCUGGAGCCCGAUGGCUUUCAGUAAUGAUUGCUCCUUACAAAACUGUUACCAUGCAGAUUCCUUCAGCGUUGACCCAACGGAGCGGUGUAAACCGGUGGCAGAAAAUGCUCGUUAAACAAAAGAGAAGCAAAAGAGUGCCGAGCGUUGCCUGCCAGCGCUGGUGUGUUUGCUUUCUCAAAGCACUUUAAAUCAGCAAAAGAAAACGUUAGGAGAGAAGAAGCUUUGAAAGCGCAAGCAAUAGCAGGUUUAACCUUCCCAACAGUCCGAACAUAUCCAGCAAUAUCGGGGGUAUAUUGGGUCUCGACAUGGACGUGGAGGGAACCAGUUCUGGACUGAGGAGAGCUGCUUUGGCCAGGUCCCAGCUGCCAGGAGCGCCGCGUCACGGGGAGCCAGCCUGCCCUAGCCGAGGCACCACUGUCCCGCUGGAUGGUGUGCGGUCCCCGGCUUGGCCCCAUGCGGACAGGCAGGCCGCCCUGCAGAAGAAUCCGGUUCGAGGGGAUAAGAUUUGGAGAGAGGUGGUGGAGGCUGAAGAGCGAGGGAGAAAAAGCUGGCACCAAAACUGGAGUUUCCUAAAGGACUACGACCAAACGGGUAAGAAAAAGGAGCAGAAGCCGCUGCCAGACUAUGUGCCUUUGUUUUCAGACAAAGUUCCCAACUCCACCAACCAGGUUAUUGGCAGUCGAAUGAAUACUGAACUUGGUAAGACUCUGGUAAACAUGGAUUACUUCUUCAGCAGCAGAGGACGAAAGAAGAAGCUUGAGGAUGAGCUCCUGCCUUCGUAGUGCUUAAGUAAAAAUACCAGUAACAGCAGGUUCUAGCUAAAAGAUUUCUUUCAGACUCCACAGCACUGAAGUCAGUAGGUAAAAAAAUUCCUCCAUUUUUCACAGGGAGACUAAUACUAGUAUCGAGCACGGCUUUUUUUCAAGAGCAAAGACGGAUGUUUGCCAACAAUGCCAUAUGAGACAAUCCUCUUCAUAUUUGGUGCGAUUGGGCCAUAUACACAGUUAGGACUCUCAUUCAUCUUCCACUGCCAACUCUACAAUAACUAUGCCACUAACAUCAGAAGGAACAAGAUAACAGCCAAACCGCAAUUUCUUCCUGAAAUUUUAAUCUACUGAAAGAAGCAAUUAAUGGAGACCAGCUCAGAUGAGUAACAGCAUACAGAACGUACUUCGAAUUCCCAAAGUCUGUGCAAUAAAACACAGCAGGUUGUUGCAUUUCAUGUAGCUAGCCAAGGAUUCAUCACAGCAUCUGUCAUCUGCAUGCUUAAGCUUGCUCUAAAGAGUAAAAGUUAAGGUACAUAAGACAUGUUCUGUGCUUUUUUACUGCUCCCUGCUGAGGGAGGGAGACCACUUUUUUUUUCGCAUUAUUUUUCAUUUUCUUGUUUUUAAAUUUUCUAUUUCUGCCCUACACUCUGAAAUUCCCUUCCUCCUACUCAUCUUUUAUGAUUUAGCUGAUGGAAACGCAAUGAUAAGGAAGCAAGCUUUUACAUUUUAACAGGUUCAUCGUCCCUAAAAUCUGUGGUUGCCCAAGGAAACCAUCAUCAUGCUAAAUGAGACACGAUACGUAGAGCCUGUUCACUACUGCAUCUUCAUGCCACAGAUGCUGA